CGAUUCCCGCUCUUCCGGGGUUGCGAUGAAGAUUGACCAUCCUUCGGUGCGAUCGGAGGCCUUCGGUGCGAUCGGAGGGCGAGGAGGGGCUACGGCGGAAGGACGGCGGGUGAACCUUGAUUUCGCGAAUUCCAAUCGUCAGCCGCAGCAGCUGCUGCCAAGGACCGCAGUUGGUUCUGUUGCUUUGCGAAGGAGAGUAGGAGUAGCAAAUGCGUUAGCAGGUUCGGGAUCGGGAAAUCGCCGGCGCUACGGUUUCGACAGCACACUCUGCCGCUCAUCAAAGCAUCGAUCGUAUUCAGGCACGCCACGGUGUGGAGAGGCUGUGCAGAGAUUUGUGCAGGAGAAAAAAGACCGCGACAAUAUGGAGGGAGGAUCUGAGAAACCGGCAGAUAUGGCGCAGGGGGGGGUGAAAAUACGAGUAAUGUCAUGGACGACCUCUGCUCCUACCGAUAGCGAAAAGGGAGAGGAUCGAGGAGGAUCUGAGAAACGCGCAGAUAUGACGCAGGAGGCGGAGAAAGUGGAAUCGUCGCCAACCUGUCCUGUUAGCGAAAAGGGAGAGGAUCAAGGACCGCAACGAAAUGUGGCUGCGCAGGUUGAAACACCGGAGGAUCGUCCGGUCCUCGUUAAAUUGCAGGAGAAAGGCGGCGUUAGUAUGGCGGCAGCAUCCGAGAAACAACUGAGGGAGCAGCAGCAGCAGGAGGAGGAGGUGGAAAAAGUGCCAUCGGAGUCGUCUCCCCCAAGGGAUAGAGUAGAGGAUCAAGGCCCGCAACGGAAUGGCUUUGCAGAGGAUCGAACGGCGGUAGAUCUUCCGGGGAAUGGGUUUGCAGAGGAUCGAACGGCGGUAGAUCUUCCGGGGUUGAACUUCUUUGAAUUGCAGAAUAGAGGCGGGGUUAUGGCGGCGGGGGGUGAAUCUGAGAAGCUGGCGCAGUCGAUGGAGGUGGAUAAAGCGCCCUCGCAGACGUCGUCUCGUAGGGGAAGGGAAGAUGAUAGAGGAGCACAACGAAACGUGCGAUCACUGUUUCAAACGAUUGCGUAUGAUCCUCCGCGCUUCUUCCAGCUGACGGAGACUUGUCGAUUGGUCCUUCAGCGCGGAGAUAUUACCAAGUGGAGUGUAGACAGGAAGUCGGAUGCAAUCGUGAAUGCGGCAAACAAGGUGAUGCUAGGAGGAGGAGGAGUUGAUGGAGCAAUCCACAGAGCUGCUGGACCAGGGCUGUUCCAGGCAUGUAAAGAGGUGCCUGAGGUUGAGCCGCGUGUGCGAUGUCCGACAGGCGAGGCGAGGAUAACAAGGGGUUUCAGGCUUCCGGCAUCUCAUGUGAUCCACACGGUUGGACCUAUAUACAUGUGCCCAGAACAUUCUGCGCCACUCUUAUCCUCUGCUUACAGGUCAACAAUUGAGCUAGCUGAGGAACAUGGGAUAAAGUAUGUGGCUUUCCCAGCAAUCUCCUGUGGGACUUAUGGGUACCCUUAUGAAGAAGCCGUGCCUAUUGCAUUGGGAACACUCCAAGAAACAGUCAAAUCUAUGAAGGAGGUCCAUUUCGUGCUCUUUGAGGACGCUGUGUGGCAGGAAUGGCUGGAGCAGGCGAAGAGUAACUUCAUGGAAAUCACGAAAGAGGACAUGGACGUCAAGACGGCAUAAAGGCAAGGUGACCACUGCAUAAGGAGCACCUCCAUGUAUCCAUGCUUGUGUACCUCCCUGCAAGCAGGUUGAGAGAGCAUUCUAUGGACGGACAACGUAGGACAGUUUGAAAAAAAAAAAAAGGAGGACAGUAAUCCUUCUGCCAUCUUGGAAAACACACCAUGAAUUUUCUUGAGAACUCUCCCUUUUUAGGGAAAGAUGCAUGUAACUGGUUACUACCACAAUUGCUGUAACAGUAAAAGUCUGUUUCUUCA